CGAGUCAGGGAGCUGCUGGCGUCCUGCGGGAACGCCAGGCUGCGGCCCUGCUUUGGCCUCCGCGCCGAGCCUAUUUUUAGGCCUCUGGGGCCGGGUGCGUCUACACAGGAGCCGGCUAGCUCCCUGAGCAGGCCCUGGUGCCACUUGUUGCGUUGCAAGGUGUCUGGCCCUGGGUGAAUGUGCCCCCAGGACUGGGCACAUAGAGAUCAGGCCUUUGUGACGCUGACUACAAACGAUGCCUAUGCCAAAGGUGCCCUUGUCCUGGGCUCAUCUUUGAAACAGCAAAGAACUACCAGGAGGAUGGUUGUACUCAUCACCCCACAGGUCUCAGAAUCCAUGAGAAAAAUUUUAGAGACUGUCUUUGAUGAAGUCAUCAUGGUAGAUGUCUUGGACAGUGGUGAUUCUGCUCAUCUAACUUUAAUGAAGAGGCCUGAAUUGGGCAUCACACUGACAAAACUCCACUGCUGGUCACUUACUCAGUAUUCCAAAUGUGUGUUCAUGGAUGCAGAUACUUUGGUCCUCUCAAAUAUUGAUGAUCUUUUUGAAAGAGAAGAAUUGUCAGCAGCACCAGAUCCAGGGUGGCCUGACUGCUUCAAUUCUGGAGUCUUUGUCUAUCAACCCUCAAUUGAAACAUACAACCAGCUGUUGCGCCUUGCUUCUGAGCAAGGUAGUUUUGAUGGUGGGGACCAGGGCCUACUGAAUUCAUACUUUAGUGACUGGGCAACGACAGAUAUCAGGAAACACCUGCCAUUUGUGUAUAACCUGAGCAGCAUUUCAAUAUACUCCUACCUCCCGGCAUUUAAAGUGUUUGGUGCAAAUGCCAAAGUUGUGCACUUCCUCGGACAAAUCAAGCCAUGGAAUUACACUUACAGUUCCCAAACAAAAAGUGUCAAAUAUGAAUCUCAAGACCCAAGUGUGAGUCACCCAGAGUUUCUAAACCUGUGGUGGGACAUCUUCACCACCAGUGUUUUACCCCUGCUCCAACACUAUGGCCUUGUCAAAGAUGCCUCUUCCUAUCUAAUGAUGCUUUCAGACUUGGUCUAUACACUGGCUUUCUCUUGUGGCUUCUGUAGAAAGGAGCAUGUCUCAGGAGCUUUGUCACACCUGUCCAUUGGGGAAACUCCAGCUACAACACAGCCUUCUAUGUCCUCAGAAGAAAGGAAGGAACGGUGGGAACAGGGCCAGGCUGAUUACAUGGGAGCAGAUUCUUUUGAUAACAUCAAGAGAAAACUUGACACUUACCUCCAAUAGAAGCACUGCCAUUUCCCUGUGGACACAUCCACGUCUUAGGCACAUUUCUGAUACUUAGUAUGUGAAGCUGGUUGAAAAGUCUGUUAGUUGUUAGAGGCUUUCAACAAACCUCCUCAGAUGAAGGUGGGCAGGAUAAAAGGUGACAGCUGGUCAGACAUUAUGAAGUACAUGCAUAAGUGCUGUUUAAUCCUAGACUUUUUCGGGAAUUCUUUAAUUCAGUUGCCCACAUGUAUGGUAAAGGAAAGCCAGCAUUAAGCUAUUACAGUGGUUCUCCAAGUGGUGCAGAACUUGACUGUCCAUCUGUCUCACUUCAAACAAGAUAUGACACUGUCCCAUAUUUGCUUGUUGUUCCCUUCAUUAGACCUGCAAUUUAGAGUUGCCCAAAGCCUGCCAGAGAGCUAAUUAUAUUUCCAGGCUAAAGCAGCCUUUAUUAACACUGUGGAGUGAUUCAUAAGCUACUGUUAGUUCACCAGUUUUCUAUGCAUCCUGAAGGCAGCAUGCAGGCUCACUUUUUUUCCAGUUCUGUCUACUUGAAAAUUGCAGUGUGCUCUCUGAUGGUUACCUAUGGUGGCAUUAUAUAAAAUAAAUAAAGACUUAUUGACAUA